AUGGCAAGUCUUUUUGGAGUCGAAACGUACUUUUCCAGUCAUUUCGAAUCCUUGGGACAAAUGCGAACUUUGGGGUUAGAUUGCAUUAAGGACGAAGGAAAGGCUAUUGAUCCUUGUCCGAUCUGUGGAGAUAAAAUCUCAGGAUUCCAUUACGGGAUUUUCUCUUGUGAAUCGUGCAAAGGAUUUUUCAAAAGAACGGUGCAGAAUAGAAAAAACUAUGUUUGUCUCAGAGGUGCAACUUGCCCAGUGAGUGUUGCCACAAGAAAAAAGUGCCCAGCUUGCCGUUUCGAUAAAUGCCUACAACGAGGAAUGAAACUAGAAGCGAUUCGCGAAGACAGAACCCGCGGCGGCCGCAGCACCUACCAGUGCUCCUACGCCCCGGUGCCGCCUCAUACAUCCUCCCACAACUCGCAGCAGCAGCAACAGCAGACAUCGAUUUCGCCCCUGUCUUCCGGGGGCUCCGGACAGAAUCCGAUGGGGCCCCAUCACCAUUCUCACCACGGCCACCAGCAACAGUCGCCUCAAUUUGUUCAGGAAAUUAUGGAUGUGGAGCAUCUGUGGCAGUACAAUGAAUCUGAAAUCAACAAAUUCACGUCCAGAAAUUCAUCAUCAUCAUCGACAUCGUCAUCAACAGCUUCCAGUUUAGCAACGAAUCCUUUACUUGCUCGAGCUGGAAUUACAGGAGACGACUCGAAUCCUGAUUUCUUGGCCAACUUGUGCAAUAUAGCAGAUCAUAGACUGUACAAAAUUGUUAAAUGGUGCAAGAGCUUACCACUGUUCAAAAACAUAUCGAUCGAUGACCAAAUAUGUCUCCUGAUAAAUUCUUGGUGCGAGCUGUUGCUCUUCUCCUGUUGUUAUCGAUCCAUGGUAUCUCCUGGUGAAAUCAGGGUAUCCCUUGGCAAGUCGAUUAGUUUGGAAGAGGCGAGGCAUAGUGGCUUACAAGCUUGUAUCGAACGUAUGCUGAAUCUUACUGAACAUUUGAGACGAUUGAGGGUUGAUCGGUACGAGUACGUGGCUAUGAAGGUUAUUGUACUGUUGACAUCAGAUACAUCAGAAUUAAGAGAGCCUGAAAAAGUAAGAGCGUCUCAAGAAAAGGCUCUUCAAGCUUUACAAGCAUACACUUUAUCUCAUUACCCGCACAGUCCUGCCAAAUUUGGAGAACUCUUGCUAAGGAUUCCCGAAUUGCAAAGAACUUGCCAGGUCGGCAAAGAAAUGCUAACCAUAAAAUCAAAGGACGGUGAAGGACCCAGUUUCAAUCUUCUCAUGGAAUUGUUGAGGGGCGAACAUUGA